GCCACUCACAGACACAUGUGGUGUUCCAGCAGCACUUAGCAUUCAGCUCAUUGAGGCUGCUUGGUUCCUAACAUUGGGACACACAGCAAACAACAAAGAACAGAGAGCCUUUCACUUCUGGCACAAAUUUUAACUGGAUGGAUUCCACCACGCCAGCGGCCCUUGCUGCUGCCAGCACCACAGUGGCUCUGGCCUCUCAGUCGGACAUGUCCGGCCACUUGUGGCUUUUGGUGUUGGGCUUCAUAAUCGCCUUCAUUCUGGCCUUCUCUGUGGGGGCCAACGAUGUGGCCAACUCCUUUGGUACGGCAGUCGGCUCUGGGGUGGUCACCUUGCGGCAGGCCUGCAUCCUGGCUACCGUCUUUGAGACGGUGGGCUCAGUCCUGCUGGGGGCCAAAGUCAGUGAGACCAUCCGAAAGGGCAUCAUCGACGUCCAAAUGUACAACGGCUCUGAACAUGUCCUGAUGGCAGGGUCAAUAAGUGCAAUGUUUGGCUCUGCUGUGUGGCAGCUGGUUGCAUCAUUACUGAGGCUCCCCAUUUCUGGAACUCACUGUAUUGUUGGAGCGACAAUAGGUUAUUCUCUGGUAGCCAGAGGUCACUACGGGGUCAAAUGGCUGGAGCUUCUCCGCAUUGUGGCAUCCUGGUUCCUGUCACCAAUGAUGUCUGGUACAUUGUCAGGAAUUCUAUUUUACUUUGUUCGCAAAUUCAUUCUUAACAAGGCUGACCCGUUGCCCAAUGGCCUUCGAGCUCUUCCAUUGUUCUACGCCAUUACCAUUGGCAUCAACCUGUUCUCCAUUAUGUUUACAGGAGCGCCAUUGUUGGGUUUUGACAGAGUGCCAUGGUGGGGUACGGUGUGCAUCUCAAUGGGCUUUGGGGUCAUCACAGCAUUGGUGGUUUGGUUGGUUGUCUGUCCGCACCUGAAGAAAAAAAUCAAACAAGAAACAGGUGCUGCUCUGAUGGAGAAGAACACUGAACCACAUGGUCAAGCAAUGACUGUGUCGAUACCCUGUCCUCCCCAACCUCAGACCCAUUCACAAAGCAGUCAGAAUGUAGCUUUCAAACUUGGAGGCUCAGAGGAGGCUGGUUUAGACAUGGAGACCAAAGACCUGGAUGUCGGUACUGGACUAAACGGCACUGUUGGUACAAUGAUGAUCACAGACCCUCACAGUGGACGGUCGCAUGCAAUUCACAAAGACUCAGGUCUCUACAAAGACUUGCUUCACAAGCUCCAUGUGGCCAAAGUGGGUGACUGUAUUGGUGACAGUGACACGGAGGAGCGGCCCAUUCGGAGAAACAACAGCUACACCUCCUACACAAUGGCCAUCUAUGGCAUCCAGGGAGAGGCCAGGAAUAAAGACGCAGAUGACUGGAGGAGGAGGUCCAGAAUGGGCAGCUACAGCAGCUACAGCUCAGCAAUGACUAGAGGAAGUUCUUUCAAGAAUCCGAGUGUGACGCAGGAGGCUGUUUGGGAGCAUCCUCCCGAGGAAGAUGAGCUGGAGCUCGACAAACCGGCUGUUUCUUCACUUUUUCAAUUCCUCCAGAUACUAACGGCAUGCUUUGGUUCUUUUGCUCAUGGCGGGAAUGAUGUCAGCAAUGCUAUCGGCCCACUUGUCGCCCUCUGGCUUCUAUAUGAAAGUGGUUCCGUGGAUUCCAAUGCACCGACACCUAUCUGGCUACUGCUUUAUGGCGGAGUAGGCAUUUGCAUGGGGCUCUGGGUGUGGGGCCGCAGGGUCAUCCAGACCAUGGGCAAAGACCUUACUCCCAUUACACCCUCUAGUGGCUUCAGCAUCGAGUUGGCCUCCGCCCUCACGGUUGUUGUGGCAUCAAAUGUUGGUCUUCCUGUCAGCACGACACACUGCAAGGUGGGAUCCGUAGUCGCUGUAGGAUGGCUGCGCUCAAGGAAAUCGGUGGACUGGCAUCUGUUCAGAAAUAUAUUUAUUGCCUGGUUUGUCACUGUUCCGAUCUCAGGCCUCAUCAGUGCUGCUAUCAUGGCUCUGUUUGUGCACGUCAUUCUGUGAGCACAAUCCUGCCACAUCAAUGGGUGAUCAACCACCAGCACUGUUUGUUGAUGAGAAAAUUGUUCGUAAAAUGAUGGUAAUGUCUCUACUGUAAUUUUGGCCUUAGAACCAAGCAGAACUGUCAAAGAUCCAGAAGUCUG